UGAUCUGAGAUAAAGGAGGAUGUUUCUAUUUUUGUCAAAAAUAAAAAUUAGAGUAUUUAAAUUAUUUCUCUAAAACUAACAUAAAUGGAUAAUUGUAAAUGCCAAAUAAAAACAUAAAUGGAAAAUUAGAUUUUUAAAAAUAAGAGAAAAGAAAGUUAAGAAAAGGAAAGGAGGUAAUCCGUAGAGAAAUACGCAGUUCGUUCGCCGCAGUGGAUCAUUCAUCUGCCAUCUGCGCCCGCGCCCGCCACCUCCCAAAACCAGAAGAAGCAAAAAGUUCGUCCCUUUUUGCUUCCUCUCUGUUGCAGAAGCCAAGCGAACUGUUGGGUCGCGAUCUCUCUGUCAAAACAAUGGAUGAUGAAGAACUUUCUAUGAGCAAGGAUGAGGACGUGUUAGAGAGUUCCAAUGGGAAAGAUGCAGUCACAUCUGAGGGGAACUCGGAUGCGGAACCAUUUGUGGGUAUGGAGUUUGAAACUGAAGAGGCUGCCAAGGUGUUCUAUGAUGCGUAUGCAACACAGGUGGGUUUCAUUAUGCGAGUUGAUGCCUUCCGGAGAUCAAUGCGCGAUGGUAAGGUAGUUUGGCGUAGGCUUGUGUGUAAUAAAGAGGGAUUUCGCAAGACGCGAGCCAAAAGAACUGAGAACAGGAAGCCUCGAGCAAUCACCAGAGAAGGGUGCAAAGCAAUGAUUGUGGUAAAGAAAGACAAGUCAGGGAAAUGGGUCGUAACACGAUUUAUAAAGGAGCAUAACCAUCCACUAGUAGGUACACCUGCAAAUGGUCGCCGCAGUAUGCUUCUGUCUCAAGCACCAGAUGAAAAAGACCUGAAAAUUCGGGAGUUGACUGCUGAGCUACAACGUGAGCGAAAAAGGUCUGCCACCUAUCAAGAACAGCUUGAUAUGGUUUUGAGGGAGAUGGAACAGCAUUCCAAUCACCUGUCGAGAAACAUCGACGGUAUAGUCCAAAGCGUGAAAGAAAUCGAAUCAAAGAGGGUAGCACCUUCAAACGGUUAAGAGCCUGCUCGAUUAGUUCAGCUCCUUUCAUACGCUAAUCCUUGCAAUCAAGACUGGAAAUAUGAGUUCGAAUCCCCCUCCCCGUAGGCUAGAGUAGUUUAGAUUAUUGACUUGUUAAACAGUAAAACUGUAAAUCUUAGUUUUAGGUUGAUUAGAAACUGAAUUACCCAGUAAUUUGCUUUCUUUUUGUGACAAGCGAUAGCGAUAGUGGGUCAACUGUUGUUAGGGGAGAGAGGGAGUAAGUGGGGAUCGACCGAUCAUCAAGGUUCAUAAACAUGAUUGUUUUUCGUCAGUACGGUAAAACAAUAAUUUUCCUUCUUUGA